AUGAAGUCCGUUCUCACUCUUGCUACUUUGUCUGCCACUGCUCAGGCUUUGGUAAGUCGAGGGGAUAGCUGCUGUUUUCACCUAAGCAGCCCUUCGGGCCCCGUCGGCCAGCUGAGCGAUGGUCAGAAUCGUAUUGGCGACAAUAGCCUAGAUGCUGCCGAGUACUGUAUCAGCUCAGAUGGUUCCAUCACGGAUGGUAACGGCCGUGGCUGUAUUUUGACCCCACCAACCACUCAAUUCCAAUGCGACGAGGGUGCUACCCCUACUCCAGGCUUCUCCAUCAGUCCCUCUGGCGAGCUUGAAUACAAGGGCAGCCCCGACUUUAUUUCAUGUCAGACUGGUCAAAAUGGUGGCAUGAACAUCUAUACUACCGACAGCAAUGACUUGAGUCAGUGUUCUACUGUCACGCUGACGGCAGACUCAUGCCAUAGUCCCAGCCCGCCUUCCAGCACCACCUGCGGAACAACUCUAACUUCUGGAAAUUUUGAGUUCCCUCAUUUAAUCAUUCCCAUCGACUCCAGCUCCCCAGGCACUGCUAGUGGCACCUCAUUCAACGGCAAGGUGACAUCUACCAUUUCUAGUAUCUUCAACUUCGAUAUCCCGCAGUCUGACUCCGGGAAGACAUGCAGUCUGGUCUUUCUGUUUCCCGAAAAGGCUGACCUGGAAACCUCCAGCUACACCUUCAGUGGAGAUGGAAAGGUUGAUGUCUCCGAGCUCUCUGGUCCUGCGUCUAGCUCGACUACUUUUAAUAACGCACCGUCUGUCUCGAAGGACCUGGGCGAUAUCACCCUCUCGCCCGGGAACUCUUACGUUGUUUCGACCUUUUCGUGUCCCGCUGGUAAAGCAAUUGCAUUUGAGAUGAAGGAUGCCGGCAGUACUAGCCUGGACUUCUUUCAAGAUUAUAACCCCUCCCCGUAA